AAUGCAGAAAACGAUAAUAAUGAUGUGUAACAGAAAAUCCGAAUCCAAACGGCGGAGUCAGUUCGUAUAAUCUGAGAGAGAUUUAUGGAAUUUCACAAACAUCAUGUGUCCUGCACUAUUGGAGAACGAGGAGCGAUGUUUGGGUGGCAUGACUUUUUUUGCGCAAAGCCAUCCAGUGGAAGUAUGCGGCAGCAACGGUCUACCACUCACCCCGAAUUCCAUAACUAUCUACGGAAAGGCGCAAUUUCUAAAGACCAUCUACCAUCCUCAUCUCUCUCCCUAUCUUGACAUAAUUAGAAGCAAACAUGAGAGAAUUGUGGUUGUUACCGAGUACAGUGGAAAUCCAUUAAGCACUAGACAUGAUUUAAGUACAAAAGAAAUCAUCAAGAUAUCCUUUCAGAGUCUCUUAGCAUUACGAUGUAUGAACGAACUAGAUCUCGUACAUAGACACUUGAGUCCAGAUAAUAUAUUGAUUAAGAAAAAUGGUGAUGUCCAGUUAUACAAUUACGGAUUGUAUUACAUGACAGAUGGAGGAAAAAAUAAAUUUUCUUUUCUCAGUUCUCCAAAAUACACAGCACCAGAGGUAUUUCUAAAUCCUAGUCCGAGUGGUGUUAAAAUAGACUCUUGGUCUCUGGGAAUGAUUAUAGCGGAGCAAUUAUUAGGACAACCUAUCUGGCCUGGUAUAAAAUUAUCCCAAUGUUUGAGGAGAGUUCUGAGCUUAAUAUUGUGUGACACUAGCAUAUUUGAACGUCUUGCCAGAGAAAACAAUUGUUUCCAUAUUUAUGAAAAAUUACCAAGAGAGCUAAAGGAAUUUGUAGAUUCGUGUCUGCAAAUUCAUCCUACUAAGCGUAAAACUCCAGAGGAUUUACUGGAGUUGCCAAUAUUUGCGGAACAUUUAAUAAGAAAUACACAAGAAAAGGAAGAAAAUCUCUAUAAGAAUGUUAUUGUUAGAAAAAUGGAUGAGUUGUAUUAUCUAUGGCAAUUGGCCGGUGGAGAUAUUACUGUAGAUCUAAAAAAGCAGAGUCUCAUUAGAUCAAGACCACCUAUCUUAUCUAUUCCAAACUUAGUCAUAUUACUUGGUCAAAUGUUUGGUCAGAGAGAUACUGCUAGUCUACUCGAUGUAAGGGUCGUAAAAGUUCCUAUGGAGACUCUUCGCCAGCGUUUAGCUCAUAUCCCAUACAUAGCAAACUAUCCUUGGUUAACAAACCAAAUGCGAGUUCAGGCACAAGAAGAUUUGACGAAUGCCGCAUCUCAGUUGCCAUUAAUCAUAAGGGAGCGUGAUACAGAAUAUCAGUUUUAUAGGCUUGUCCUAUUCGACAGACUUUUACAAGCUUAUCCGCUCACUCAGGAAGCAAUUAUCGAGGAAGCACAUAAAGAUAUACCGCCUCCAGUUAGAGGUGCCGUAUGGGCGGCUUUACUUGGUGUCACUGGCGAUAUACAAAAGCGUUAUGACAUGAUUGAUAAGGAAACGCCCACUCAUACUGAUCGGCAGAUAGAAGUAGACAUACCGAGAUGCCAUCAAUAUAGUGAAUUACUGUCAUCUGGUGCUGGACAUGAACGAUUGCAAAGAUUGCUAAAGGCGUGGGUCAGGAAUAAUCCACAUUAUGUCUAUUGGCAAGGCCUCGAUUCGCUUACAGCUCCGUUUCUUUAUCUAAAUUUUAAUAAUGAAGCUCGAGCUUUUGCGUGUCUAUCAACUUUCAUACCGAAAUAUCUCCAUAAAUUCUUUCUAAAAGAUAAUUCAGCAGUGAUACAGGAAUAUCUGGGCAAAUUUUCCCAAAUUAUUGCAUUCCAUGAUCCCCAAUUAGCGAAUCAUCUGAAGUCUAUAAAUUUUGUACCGGAACUUUUUGCCAUACCAUGGUUCCUAACGAUGUUUUCACACGUAUUUCCAUUGCAUAAAAUAUUGCAUCUAUGGGAUAAACUAUUGCUGGGAGACUCGUCGUUUCCUCUCUUAGUUGGAUUAGCGAUAUUGAAACAACUGCGAGAUUCCUUAUUAAUGUCAGGUUUCAAUGAGUGUAUUCUCCUGUUCUCUGAUUUACCCGAAAUUGACAUAGAAUUAUGCGUUAAAGAUUCCAUGACAAUGUAUCAAAACACACCUGCUAGUAUUACAUACAGAAAACACCAGUACAACACAGCAAAGGAUGCAAACUGGAUUGAACCCGAAGCAGGAACCGAAAAGAUGCCAAGAAUAAGUGUGGAAGACUUUUUAAAUCUUUACAACAAUUCACCAAAUAAAGUCAUAGUGGUUGAUGUACGUAGUAAUAUACAAUUCGAGAGGGGUGCUGUUCUCGGUAGUAUUAACAUUCCAUUUACAAGUGUGCAAUUAUCUCAAACUCAUAUUGACACACUCGGGCCACAUGCAAAACCGUUAACAGAUAAUAAAAGCAGUGUCGUUGUGAUUAUUGGACCGCAUAAUCAAAACAAUGCACUGUUUGCAGAAUUUCUGGUAAAAUGCAGUGUCAUAGGAGUCUGUUCUUUGCAAGGCGGAAUGAACGCGUUACGCUCCAAGUCUCCGAAUAUUAUAGUACCUGCACGUUAACUGAAUUACAUAAUGGCGUUAUACAUAUAAUACUCAAAUCUAUACCAGUGCUGAGGUUUAAUUGCACAUUUCAGCCGAUUUUCAACUUGUUAUCUAAGACCGAUUGGCAUUUAGGCUGUGCAUUGGCUGUGCACAGAUUGGUGAAAUAAGGGGGCAGGAACCAAGCUAAAAAUCAGCCGAAAUGUGCAACUAAAUCCUAGCACUACUCUACACAGUACAAUUGAUAUAUAUCUAUAAAUCUGUAUAACGAUCUUGUAUAACAAUUUUGUUAUAAAAAAUUUCAUUGUAU